AUGAAAAGUUCAGCUGUAAUACGAGAAAAAAUUGGUGAAUUUGGUGAAAAAGUUAAAGAAAGUGAUGUAAUAAAAAAAGCAUCAGAUAUUGGAUAUGAAUUAGGUAAACAAGCACAAAAAGCUGCAGAAAAAAUCUCUGAAACAACCGAACAAAUAACUGAUACAGCUGCUUAUAAAAAAGUUUCACAACGUUUAAGUACAAUUAAAGAAGAAGUUGGUGAUGCUACAAAAUUAACAAGACCAUUAGGUUAUCGACCACCUGCUAUUCUAAGAAAAAGAACUGAUACUGAUGUAGUUAGAAAAGAGAAAGUCUUCCAGGCUGAUACAGAAACUCAAACAAUAGCUGUACACAAAGAUUCUCAAUGGUAUCAAAGUUGGCAAAAUUUUAAAGAGAAUAAUACUUAUUUAAAUAAAUUAUUUGAUCUUAAAUCCAAAUAUGAUGAAAGUGAUAAUUUAGUAAUACGUGUUGCAAGAACAUUUACAGAUAAAGUAUCAGGUGCCUUAUCAUCAAUAUUUAGUCAAUCGGAAACAAGUGAAGCUUUAACAGAAAUAUGUCGUGUUGAUCCAACAUUUGAUGUUGCACAAUUUAUUCGUGUUGUUCAAUAUGAUAUUAUUCCUAAUAUACUUGAAUCUUUAGCUCGUGAAGAAUUAGAAAUUUUAAGAGAUUGGUGUACAGAAGCUGUUUACAAUGUACUCAUACAUCCAAUAAAUACAUCGAAAGCAUUAAAUCAUAAAUAUCAUUUAAAAAUUAUUGAUCUUACAGAUGUUGAGCUUGUUGCCGCAAAAAUUAUGGAAAUGGGACCUGUUCUUGUAGUUACAUUUCAAGCUCAACAAAUCGGUUAUGUAUCUGAUGCAAAUGGAAAAGUAAUAGAAGGAGAUCCGGAACAAAUAAAUCGAAUAAAUUAUAUAUUUGCACUUGGUCGUGAUCCAACCAUUCUUGAUCCUUUAUCAGCUUGGCGUUUAGUUGAUUUAAGUGCAUCAAAAGUCAAUCAUUUUGUUUGA